AUGGCGGGUGAGGAGCUGCCUCCGGCGCAAGUCUUCUUCGAUGGCUCCCCGGGACUGCUCCGGGAGGUGCUCGAUCGAGGUCCUGGUGAGCGUGUGCCUCUCAGUGACUCGGAGGACCUCUCGGAGUCAAUGUCCGAGGUGGAGCGGGGCACCUUGCCGCCGGAUGGCAAGGGGAAGGAGGUUCUGCAGCCUCGCAGGCGCCAUCGCCAUCGUCGUCUCCGUCAUCGGAGGCGGCAUGAUGCUUUCCUAGGGGCGGCCCGCCGCGCCCACCCGCCUGUGCGUGGUGGGGUUGGAGGCGCCGCUCCACCUCGAUGUCGGGCCUCGCCGGCGCAUCCUGUGCGGGCGCGGGGUUCGCCGGACGCGGAGGGGUUCUAUGAGGUGAGGAGCCGGCGAUUUGGCCGCUCUCGCACCCCUCCGCGAUCGCCCAGGGCUGUGCCUCCGGAGCUCGAGGGCCUCUGCUUCUGGUGUCUUCAGCCGGGGCACGUCAAGGCGCAAUGCCGGUCGCUGCCGCGAUGUUACCGCUGCUGGGGCGAGGGGCAUCAGGCUGCGGGGUGUCGCCUUCCGCCACCCCGGGGGCGGGUCGGUGGCAAGCGGGAUCGCUCCCCGCGCCCGCACGAUGUUGCUCGUCGUGUCUCUGCCCGCCGGCGCUCUUCUCUGCGACGCCGGCCGGCGGGUCACAGCGCCGGCCCCGCCGACACCAUCUCCGGCCGGUCGGUCUCUACUGGCCAUUCCUCGUCCCUCCCGCGGUGGCUUUACACUUCUUCGGCUUCGCCGGGGGCCCCGCCACCGCCACCACCCCCACCGCCUCCGCCGCCGCUCCCGCUGCCUACGGUGGCCAGGGCGCAGGGGGGUGCCGCUGGUGAACCUGGAGGUGGUGCCAGGGCUCAAGACGACUUGGGUCUGGUACGGCUUGAUGCCGGCGUGGCCCGCCGGAACGUCGCCAUGGUGGUCGUGCCGCGCUCGGCUGAGAUGCUGGCAGAGGAGGACUCGCUUCAUGAGUUGCGCUGGUCGCGACUAUUUGAGAUCCGGCGUGAUGAUGUGGACAUUCGAGGACAUGAGCCAGAGGAUUUCAUUGCUCUCUUCCGCCGGCGUGAGGAUCGUGACCGCGUUCUGGCGUCCCGCCCCUGGGGUGACCUCAUGCCCCUGCGCUGGCGACCGUGGACGAGGAUGGCCGGGGACUUCGGCUAUCGGGUCCUCGUGGCGCUACGGUGCGUGCCGACGCACGCCAGGAACACGGUCACCGCGCAGACUAUUCUUGGCCGCUGUUGCGCGGAGGUGGAAUUGACGGACCUGCGCGACCGUCCAAUGGAGGACGGCAGGGAGUUCUUUGUCGUGGCUUGGUGCAGGCACCCGAGUUAUAUUGAACCAGAGAAGGUGAUUUUUAUCCCUGAACCGUUGGUUCCGGGGGUGGAGGAGAAUAUGCGGAGAGGGCUCCAUUACCUGGUGCGCGUCCGUCUUGUGGCACACCAGAACGUCGCGGCUCCGCCUAGACCGCCACGUGAUGGUGGCCACGGAGAUGACGGUGGUGAUAGACCUGCUGAUCGGGAUGAACGCGAUCGCCGUGGCGGGGAUGGGGACGAUUAUUGGCCAUCGCCGCGACGUGACUCCGACGGCGAAUCUUCUGCGACAGACCCGUGGCACAGGAACGACCAUCCGACCUGUUCCUACCCGCCUGGCGGCUCAAGCGGCAGCGACGGGGCGGGAGCGCUCGACUCGCUCCUCUUGCAGGACGGGAGGUGCGUCCAAACCCCGCCGCUGCAGCGGACGCCGGACUGGUGGCUGGAGGUGGCGGACCUCGAGCUUAGACAGCCCGUGCCUGGGGUCUGCACGCUGAGCGAGCCCGCCGCUUCCCUGGAUGGGGGCCGGCCGGACUGGUGGCCGGAGAUGGUCCACGCAGAGCUCCAGGGCCGCGCGGAGCUCCAGGCGCAGCGGGAGACCGUCGUCUUCGCGCUGCCUGAACUGCCGGCCGUGUGUACGCCACCUCCGCAGCCGCGUGCCACCCUGGACGCCCACGGAGCCCCGAGACCGGCCGGGCGGCCGCCUGCUGACGUGGGGCUAUCGAUCCAGGAACAGAUUGAGGCGGCGGUGUGUCUUCCGCUGGCAACGCCAAUCAUCGCCGGUGGCCCGCACCUGCGCCGUUCCCGCACGCCGGCUUCGGUGCAAACACUCAGGAGGAGCGGCCGCAUCGCAGCUAUGCCGCGGGCGCCAAAUACCACCCUGCAGGCCCUGCGCCUGUUGCUCAAGAAAUUGGGAAUCCAUGUGCACGAAAACGCGCCGGAGCUGGACAUUGAGGCCAAGAUCAGGAGUGCAUUCCGUGCCGGCAAACUGUCCACGAACAAGAAGAGGUGCCUCAACAUGCUCCUCAUUGGGGGCCUGGACGUGGCGUCAAUGGAUCUCGACCUCGAUGGUCUGGAGAUCGACUUGGCCUGA